GUAUCAAGCUAUUCACAUAUUUAUAGGAUCUCUUUCCCUGCUUGAGAGAUAUUCAUCCCUCCAUGAGAUGGAGGAGAAGACGCCUGAGGGAGUAGGAGUAGGUCGACCUAUUUUUUCGAGAAUUCAUUUUGGUGGAAUGAUGAUUGGAUUAUCUGAUCGAUUUGAAAAGCAACUUAUCCAGCAAUCACAGUUGUCGGAAUGGGCGGUAUUGGAAAAUUUACCUGUCGGUAAAACUAAUCUUGCCAUAAGGGACAGUAAUGGCGGGGUCCUUUGUAUUGUGGUCCCGAAGACCCGAGCGUGCUAUACUUGCAACCGCAUCACAUAAGUGAAAGCAUUAUCUCUGGGAAUGAUACCGACACCUUCCAAUCCUGGAAAUUGGAUAAUAAUAUUUUUCAAGCUCCAAUGCAUGAUAGAGGGUUGGGGCAUAUAGAAUGGAUGGGAUUCGGUGGCGUGUACCACUGUGGAAAACCGAAAAUGUUGGACGCUUCAAUUAUGGGUGCAUUGAAUGAGAGGUGGCGUCCCGAGACACACACGUUUCACCUUCCAAUUGGUGAAGCUACAGUGACCCUUCAAGAUAUUGAGGUGCUUUGGGGUUUAAGGGUCGAUGGUGAACCUGUUAUCCUUCCACAAGUGAACCAUUUGAGGCAUUAUUGGGUGGAUACGUGUUUGUCGUUUUUGGGUAUAGAACCGAGUCAGGGUGAAUUGAAGUUGGGCAUACAUGGAGUGGUAUUAUAGAAUAACUAUUACAUACAUCACUCAGUCGGGUAGACAUCCAGAUGUUGGGAUGAACACAUGUGCAUCAUCAUUAACUCUGGCUUUUGAGACAUUGGGCCAUGUGUAUCACUUGUCGCGCGGUUUUGACCCAACAAACGCCGUAGGAUUAAUGCAUGAUAUUAACAGGCUUGUUCUUGAUUGCCUUAACGAUUGCGGUGAGAGUGAAAGUACAUUCUUACCUACCACACAUUGCAUUGAUGUGGAUAUUUCCCAGGGUUUUAUCCAAAGAGCUCGGGGUAGUGGUCGAAGAGGUGUCCGAAUAGGCGGGCAUGAUUAUUCACGUCAUUUCAGGAUGUCCGUAAAUGAAAAAAAUAUGAAUUGGGAUGACAACUUGGAUGUGGAUACCCUCGUCGAAAAUGUUGAGAAUGAGCCACAAAUGCGGAAUCCACCAGCACCAGAUGCCUCUGCAUGGUUUCCUACCUGGUCAGACACACCUCAGUCAAGUUGGGUUACAUCGAUAGAGAAAGUUGGGUUACCAUGCCAGCUUACUACAUAGGAUUCAUAUUCAUUCUCUCCAGGUGUUCAUAUCAUGCACUCUCCAACAAAUGAGGAAAUAGAUGAAGAUGCUCUAUGGAGUAGGGCACAAAUGGAUUAUCCCAGGAGUAGUGCCUACAUGGAGCGCCCCACGAGAAAUGAACAUAUAGAUUCUCCUAGGAGUAGUGUACAACUUGAUUGCCCUAGUAGUAGUGCACAUACGUCACGUUCCGACAAGGAACGCUCCAGGCCAAGUUUCACUGAGGAAAGAGCCCGAGUAAAUAUACACCAUCAUCCUUUAAGUAGACUAGUAUUUUGAGAUUGUGUUGGAAUAUUUGUUGAUUAUGUUGUUGGAUUUUUUUUGGAAUUGUGUUUGUAUUUUUUAUGCGAUGUAUUUGUACUUA